GUCCCAUCGCCGAGCGGGCGGCGGCGCCGGGCGCCCGCAGAAGGGCUGUGUGCGUGUCUCCUCCUGUCUGCCGUCCUGCCUCCGUGCCGGAGCUCUCCACCUUCUCUAACAAACUCUCUGCCUUGCUUCUCCCCCCGCCCCCCGGGCUUCUGCUUUGUGGAUGUUGGCGGCUUCAUGUUGUGACAGGAGAAUGUGUGUGUGUCCUGGGCCCAGGCGGAUCGCAAUUCCAGUCCGAAGCUCCAGGCUGCCAUUGUUGUCUGAUGCCAUGCCAGCACCAGCUCAUCUGUUCCCAUUGAUUCGUAACUGUGAGAUUAGCAGAAUAGGCAGCACUGCGUGUUACUGCCACCAUAGACAUCUGUGUUGUUUGUCAUCUCAUUUUGCUCACAGUCACUUCAGAUAUGCACCGCAGAAGAAAUUUGCAGCACUUUAUAGGCCAAAGGAGAACUUUAAUCACUUCAUUCACACAAGGGAUCAUGCUUCUGCGUCACAGAGGUUUUACCUCACUCCUCCACAGGUCAACAGCAUCCUGAAGGCAAAUGAGUACAGUUUCAAAGUCCCAGAAUUUGAUGGUAAAAAUGUAAGUUCUGUUCUUGGAUUUGAUAGCAACCAAUUGCCUGCUAAUGCUCCGAUAGAGGACCGGAGGAGUGCUGCCACAUGUUUACAGACAAGAGGGAUGCUUCUGGGUGUGUUUGAUGGCCAUGCAGGCUGUGCUUGUGCUCAAGCUGUAAGUGAAAGACUGUUUUACUACAUUGCUGUCUCUUUGUUACCUCAUGAGACUUUACUUGAAAUAGAAAAUGCUGUGGAAAGUGGCAGAGCUCUGUUGCCCAUUUUACAGUGGCACAAGCAUCCCAAUGAUUAUUUUAGCAAAGAAGCUUCCAAGCUUUAUUUCAACAGUCUAAGAACUUACUGGCAGGAGCUGAUUGAUCUCAACAGUGGAGAGACUACUGAUGUGAGAGAAGCUUUAAUUAAUGCUUUUAAGAGGCUUGAUAAUGAUAUUUCUUUGGAAGCUCAAGUAGGAGAUCCAAAUUCUUUUCUCAACUAUCUAGUACUGCGAGUGGCAUUUUCUGGUGCAACUGCCUGUGUAGCUCACGUAGAUGGUGUUGACUUGCACAUUGCAAACACAGGUGACAGUAGAGCAAUGCUUGGGGUUCAGGAAGAAGAUGGAUCUUGGUCUGCAGUUAAUUUGUCCUAUGACCACAAUGCACAAAAUGAACAUGAAGUAGAACGUGUGAAAAUGGAGCAUCCAAAAUCUGAAGAGAAAACUCUUGUGAAACAAGAUCGUCUCUUGGGUCUCCUGAUGCCUUUCAGAGCUUUUGGUGAUGUGAAGUUUAAAUGGAGUAUCGAACUGCAGAAGAGAGUAAUAGAAUCAGGCCCAGAUCAGCUGAAUGACAAUGAAUAUACAAAGUUCAUUCCUCCAAACUAUCACACUCCCCCAUACCUCACAGCUGAACCAGAAGUCAUAUAUCACAAAUUACGGCCACAGGAUAAGUUCCUGGUUUUGGCUACAGAUGGACUGUGGGAGACGAUGCACAGGCAAGAUGUGGCUAGAAUUGUAGGGGAGUACCUCACUGGUGUUCACCACCAACAGCCAAUAGCUGUCGGUGGGUAUAAGGUGACUUUGGGACAGAUGCAUGGUCUCUUAACAGAAAGGAGAGCAAGAAUCUCUUCAGUAUUUGAAGAUCAGAAUGCAGCGACUCACCUGAUCCGACAUGCAGUGGGUAACAAUGAGUUUGGAACCGUGGAUCAUGAGCGACUGUCCAAGAUGCUUAGUCUUCCAGAAGAGCUGGCUCGAAUGUAUAGGGAUGACAUUACAAUUAUUGUGGUGCAGUUCAAUUCACAUGUUAUAGGUGCAUGUCAAAACGAGGAACUGUGAAUUUAAUGUAAUGAACUAAUUACGAAAGUUGUAACAAUGGCCAGUAUGAGCAGCAAAUUAAAAACAUCCACCCAACAAUAAAACCCAAAAAAAGCCUUUGGCAAACAAAUUGUUUGUUUGCUAGAUUCAGCAUAUCCAUUGUUCCUGCCUUUCCCCAGAGCCCUAAAUACAUGGGAAGUGCUAUUGACCUAAUAAAAAACUUGAAGAGGAUGUCACAGUUUGGGAAAAGAGGCUUUUAUAACAGCUUUGCACUGUUGAUUUCAUGAAUGCUGCUAGAACAAUGUCUUGAAUUUGGCAGAUUUGGGUGAGGGAGGGAAGUAAGAUGAAGAAUUAACUAUCAAAGAUCUGACUAGAAACAAAGCCUGUUUAUAAAAUAUCUGCAAAUAUCUAUAAGAAGAGAUGAGUAAAAAUGUUGCUGAAUUUUUUUACGGGGCUAAUUCUUGCUAUGGUUAUGUGUGAAUGUAUUGUCUAUUGUUUCUUCAAAGACCACUUUAACCAAGUAAGUCUUCAGUGUAACAAAGUUGUCUCACUUUCAUAUGGACAAUGUCAUUCACAUAAGGAUGUUUGUCUAAGUGUUAACUUUCAGUGCAGGUCUAAGCCAUAAUCAGUACCUGAGAUUGUUACAUCUUAAUCAUAAUCUUAUGCACGGUAACUUCUAAAUUUCUUGUGCAUUAAUACUUGGCUGUGGGUUUUUGAUCAACCUGUAAGGCAAUAAUAUGUUACAACAUGCAGCAAGAUACCAGAUAACUUUGUGGAGGACUUCAAUUUGCACUCUUUCAGACUUUUCAGAAAGUCAGUGUUGUUUAAGGCUAUGUUUGCUUUCCUAGAGGUUAUGUCCUUCAUGGACUCCACCACUGUCUGGUGUUGCUUGUCUAGUAAAUAAGUUUUUACCUGAAAAGAUCAGGAAAUCAUUGCUAACCUCUUUGUGGCUUUGUAAUUUGCACUCAUUUUCAUUUUGGCUAUUUCAAAUGGUCACAUAUCGAAAGUCCCUCACUUGAACUCGUAUUUGUGCUUUGGGUUAAAAACUACAAAUUACAAAAAAUUGAACUACGGCUUGUAAAUAGCAUUUUAAUUGGGAAACUAACUGGCAUGCAUGUGUAUGUUCAGUGGCUAUUUCUAGCAACUUCUUUUAGUUGUGUUUCUGGACAACUGCUUUAUGCAUGUUCUCACAGUCCAGAAUGCUAUCACACAGCAAUCUCUGAAAUGGGUCUCUGUCUUGUAAUGGUUUAAUUUGAACUUAAAAAGAUUGGCUAUACUUGUAUGCUGAAGUUGUUGGGCUUGUAAUUAUAGAAAGUAGGGACUGACAGCUAAUUGUAUCUAAUUUAGGCAUGUUGCAUUGUAUGCAGAUUUAUUUUAACCUGGCGUUAGGUUAAAAACUCAAAUGCUGACUGAAAUACUUGAUGACUGGGAGAACACAUGCAAUUUGAUUCCUGUGUUGCAGAGAACAAUGAUAGGUCAGCUUAUUUCACUUUACCAAGGUGUUUCAGUUAAAAUACCUCCCUAGCCUUCAUCAUAGCUAGUUAAAUCAACACUUUUCUCAAUUAACCAAAAUAUGCUAGGUUUCUAAAGUGGCAUUUUCACUACAUAUAAAUCUUACCAAUUAAUGCUGCUGUUCCAUAGGAUACACUUGUUUUGAACAACGAACUUGUCCUAUAGUGAGCAUUGGCUCCUCAAACUCACAAAUGCUAUGUGUACUCAGUGGCCUGCAGCUUUAGUAUGGCUGUUUCUUUACCUGACCUUAAAUAUCAACAUCAGUAUUGCUGUAAGGUUAACGAUAUCUAAGUUCACAUUCAAGAUAUGCACAACCCUUCUUUAUUUGAAGGGAAAAGGGGAACUCUAAAAUGCUUAGACAAUUACUGGCUGUUGACAUUGCUUCUGUAUCUUGUGUUUUGGUGACUGUGUCAUUAACUAGGUCAAUAGAUUUUGUUCUAGCAUUCAAAUGCAGUAUGUAAUCUCAGCUGUUGCAGUAUUUAACUUUCUUACUUUUUUUACUGUUAAAGCUCUAUUACAUGUAUUGAUGUACUUACCCUAUGAUUGUUAGUAUGGGUUUGGUACAAGUCAUAGCUGAAACAAAUGCACAUUGGUCCCAUGGAUACAACUUUUAUUGAAGAAAUGCUGCUUUUUGUAGUAAAGAUGCAUAUAUAUAUAUAUAUAUAUAUAGGGUCAGACGAAAGAAUAUUUAUGUAUUGCUUGGAGACUUGCUCAGUAUGUAUGCAGUGAACAGAAGCAGCAUAACUGCCUGCUGAACAGGUGGUCUGAACAAACAUCUUUUAACAGAUUCCAAUAAAAUGAUCAAUUAUGCAAAAAUC